AUGUUGGUUUCUGGGAGAGUACUCAAGUCUUGGUGUCGUCAACAGCAACGUGUGUUUGUACGCCACUAUGCACGUGUGGAAAGUGUGCGAUUGUCAAAAUUUGAAGACCAACGACUCGAUUAUCAGCGAUUGACUGAAAAUUUGGAACGUGUUCGCAAAACAUACGACAAAUCAUCCCAUCUGACACUUGCGGAGAAAAUUCUCUAUGCGCAUUUGCCGACACAACGCCACUCAAAGCGAGAGGAUCAAGAAGAUGGACUCCCAGGAACAACAAUGACACAGCAACAGGGUGGUGAUUCAUAUCUGCAUGUGGAUGUAGAUCGGGUAGCCUGUAAUGAUGCAGCCGCUCAAAUGGCAUUAUUGCAGCUGAUGGCAGCAGGAUUGGGAAGAACCAAGGUGCCGACAACAGUGCAUUGUGAUCAUCUUAUCGAAGCACAACAUAACGCCAGCAGGGAUUUGGGUCCUGCUGAGGGAUUACACAAGGAGGUAUACGAAUUCUUGGCAGCAGCAUCAGCCAAACAUGGUAUUGGAUUCUGGAAACCUGGGUCGGGUAUCAUGCAUCAACUCGUACUUGAGCAUUACGCAUUCCCUGGUGGUUUACUUUUGGGCACGGAUGGGCAUACACCUCAUGCUGGUGGUCUUGGUAUGCUUGGCUUUGCAGCGGGUGGUGCAGAUGCAGUACAUGUCAUGGCUGGUGAUCCAUAUGAACUUAAACAACCUCGUGUCAUUGGUGUACGAUUGGAAGGUCAAUUAUCAGGAUGGGCAUCCCCAAAAGAUAUCAUCCUUACCGUAGCGGGUCAUCUCAAAGGCAAAGGUGCUGAAGGUGCAAUUCUUGAAUACCAUGGCCCAGCAGCAGAUACAUUAUCAUGCUCAGGGAUGGCAACCGUGUGCAACAUGGGAGGCGAGAUUGGUGCCGCCUCCUCCUUGUUUCCAUUCAGCCAACGUAUGCAUGACUAUCUUUGUGCAACCAAUCGUCAUGAUGUUGCCUAUGCUGCUCAAUCGGUGGCAGACACUUUUCUACGACCUGAUGAGGAUGCCAAGUAUGAUGAUGUGAUUGAGAUCCACCUUGAUCGUUUGGAGCCCCAUAUCAAUGGUCCAUUUACUCCGGAUUUGACAACGCCUGUUGCCGAUUUUAAAAACAAGCUCAGUCACGAGGAUUGGCCACAAGCUCUUAGUGCCGCACUCAUUGGCUCAUGCUCAAAUGGAUCUUAUCAAGACAUGAAUCGUGCUGCACACAUUGCACGUCAAGCAGCUGAAAGAGGUCUCAAGGUCAAGGUGCCAUUCCUAGUGUCUCCUGGUUCCGAACAAGUACGAGCUACGCUUGAACGUGAUGGCCAUCUCGAUUUAUUCGAUCAAGUGGGUGGUUCAUUACUUGCCAAUGCUUGUGGCCCAUGUGCAGGUCAAUGGGAUAGGAGUGCUACUAGCAAAGACAAGAAACAAGAUACCUAUGAUGCUCCAUGGAACUCAAUUAUCUCCUCCUACAAUCGCAAUUUCCGUGGCAUCAAUGAUGGCAAUCCCAAUACCCAUGCAUUUAUCGCAUCACCCGAGAUUGUGAUGGCAAUGGCAUUUGCAGGCAAAUUGACAUUCAAUCCUAUGAGAGAUCGCAUUGUCGGUGUGGAUGGCAUACCUUUCAAAUUCCAACCUCCUAGUAUGGAUCAAGCUAGUGAUGAUGACCUUCCACAAAAGGGCGAUUAUUGCAAUGGCGAUGAUCAUCGAUACUACCAACCACCUACUGAUGAUGGCGCAGCAGCCUUAUUGGACGUACAUGUGCAUCCACAAUCACAACGACUUCAGCUGUUGGAACCAUUUGCUGCUUGGGAUCAGAAAGAUAUCGAGCAAGUACCCAUUUUGAUCAAGGUACAAGGCCAAUGCACAGCUGAGCACAUUUCCAUGGCGGGUCCAUGGCUAAAGUAUCGGGGGCAUUUGGACAAUAUUGCAAACAACCUUUUGAUCGGUGCAAGGAAUGCUGAAAAUGGUGAAAUCAACCGAGUACGGAACCUUGUCACGGGCAAAUACGCGAGUGUUCCCGAAACGGCACGCGAUUACAAAGCUAGAGGGAUCCGAUGGGUUGUGGUGGCUGACGAGCACUAUGGUGAGGGAUCAUCUUCACAAGAACAUGCGGCAAUGGAACCACGCUACUUGAAUGGUGUUGCCGUGAUUGCCAAGUCCUUUGCUCGUAUCCACGAAACCAAUCUCAAACGACAAGGCAUGCUUCCUCUCACAUUUGCCAACCCUGAAGAUUACAACAAGGUGGAUCCAUCCGAUCUAGUCAGCAUUGUCGGCCUUUCAGACAACAGCAUGCAACUCACUUUGGUGCUGCACAAGGAGCGGGGAGACACAGUUGAGGUGCCUCUAUCACACACAUUUAGCAAAGAUCAGCUGGAAUGGUUCAAGGCAGGCUCGGCAUUAAAUGCCUUACGAGAAACACGUGUAUAA